AUGGCAUCCGAAGUUCUUCAGCUACACAGAGACCGUCUGUCCGCGGACGAGCUCAAUCUCAAGGAUCCAUAUGUCUCCUCCAGCCUGGCCCUCUUCGCCAUUCACAAUGUAGUCCGGCGCAACCUGACGGCCUGCGCAGAGCACGCCAAAUCAGUAGACGCCGCGAACAUCGAGCCGUUCGUCUACUACGCCAAAUACACACUGCAUGUCGUGCAGGACCAGCUCGAAUCUGUCGACCACAUCUGGUUCCCCGUCUUCUCGGAGCACGAUAACCGUUUCACCGACCAGACGACCGCGCAUGAACCCCUCUAUAAGAGAAUCGCCGAGCUGGAGAGCCUGCUCAACGGAGAACCGGCUUCGCUCGAGCAGAGUCUCCGUACCGAAGUUGCGGACGGGUUUCAGCAGCUGCAUGAGCUCGUUGAUAAACAGUAUGAGGUAGAAGAGGCACUGGUUAACGAGCUUGGGAGCAAGAUCCCCAUCAAGACUAUCCGAGGCCUGGAGAAGCAACAAGAGCAGCGCCGCCGACAAGAUGUCAAGGUCUAUGGGCAGCUCUGGACGGCAGUGUAUCUCCUCCGCGGCCUGGCGCCGAAGGAGAGAGCCAUUUUCCCCCCGGGGAUCCCGAAGCUGGUCUUGAAUGGGAUGCUGACGGCGGGAGCGUUGCAGUUUCGCAGGGAGCUGCAGUUCACACCGAGAUUCUAG